UGAGAAGGGCAGAGAGAAAGAGGAGGGCCGGCGUCAUUGAGAGACAGGAGCCCGAAUGACUGAGUGCAGCAUUCAGAGCCGUGAGGGGGGAACGAGCUGCACACAUUUGGAGGCUGGACCAGAGGACGGAUCGCUCUGACUUUGGGCCUGUUUCAAACUCGUGUCCUCGGAUCUGCACUCCGUGGGAUGCCGGCUGCUAGCACCAUGACCGGUGGGAGGGUCCUGCUGCUCUGUACAAACUCUGACAACUGUAUCUACCAAUCAGUCAACGGGCUCCAGUGCUGUGGCUUGAAGGUCGGGGAGGCUCCGCCGUCUGCGGUGCCCCAGCGCCAAGAGGUGUGCGGGUCGCCCAGGGACAGAGACAGGAGGGACCCGGCCGUGUCCACCAAGCGCCCCCUCGCCCCUCUGCUCAGCCGAAGCGGUAGCCCCGGUGAACCUGACGCCAUGCUGGCGCACAGGAGAGCCACCGGCGACCCGCGCACUCCCGCCAUGGAGAAUGGGCUAACCAACAACAACAAGGGCCCGGCGGCAGCGAAGGCCGCCAGCAUCCGUGAUAAGAUCUCCCAGUGGGAGGGCAAAAAGGAGACCGGCCCCCUGACUUCUACAGGGACAUGUCUACUGAGCACCACACAGAAGGAAGUGGAGACGGUGAGGAAAAAGGAUUUCAAAGCAACCGAGGUCCAGAGGACGGACAGCAAGAGGGUUGUCGGCUGGGACAGACAGGACUUGGGGAAGGAGAACGUGGGGAAGGUGGGGGAUUCGAGGCCCAAAUCGCCACAGGGCCCAACAAACAAGGACAGGGAAGAUAUCCUAGAGAGGGGUUCACAGCCUUCCAAGCCCACAGAACAGCCCCAAGACAAGAAAAGUGUUUUAACUCAUGUUAAGAAACUGGAGAAGGCGACGAAGGAGGUUCCUGCCAGACCGUCACUCGCAUUUCCAGGGAACUACUUCUGCCCUCCUUCGAGGGAGGAGCUGGAGGAAACGGAGAAGAGAGCCAAAGAGCCCAUUUUUGGGACUUUUGAUGUUGUUCGGCCAAGUGGGUCUCGGAGGAGGAGGGAGGGGGAUCCAGAGAACGUGUACAGUGAGCCAGGUGCUCCCCCGUCCAUAAACCCUCUACCGAAACCUCAGAGGACCUUCCAGCAUCACACCCCCCCGGCUAACCCAGCUUCCGGGCCUGGAUCGGGCAAGGGAAGGAGGAACUUGCCCCCUUUGCCCUCUAUUCCUCCUCCACCUUUACCCACGUGCCCCCCGCCUGGAGUUUGCAGGAGACCCUGGGCUGACAAACCCCGGGACAGUGGUAACAGGAAGUCCUAUGAAUUUGAGGAUCUGCUCCAGUCGUCUACAGAGAGCUGCAGGGUGGACUGGUACGCUCAGUCAAGACUUGGCCUCACACGCACUUUAUCAGAAGAGAAUGUCUACGAGGACAUAAUAGACCCUCCAUCCAAGGAGAACCCCUAUGAAGAUAUAGAGCUGGAGCGAAGCUUUUUAGGAAGCAAACAUGUGUCGCCUGCGUCCUCGUCUCCUGUCCCUGACCCGCCAACCAAGCUCGCCAACAGGCCCGGCUUCUUCAGACAAAAUUCCGAACGGCGAAGCUUCAAGCUCCCGGAGCUACGCAAGACCGGCAGGGACAUCGGCAUGGCCCCCCCCUCCAGAAUCAGCCCCCCCUCCACGCCCAGCAGCCCCGACGACACCCCCUGCCUCUCUGGAGACCCCUACAAUCGCAGGAGGAGGAAAGUGCCCAAGAUGGUGCUGAAAAUCAACGGCAUCUUCGAGGCCCGAAGAGGGAAGAAGCGAAUGAAGAGGGUGUCACAGUCCACAGAGUCCAGCUCGGGGAGAGUGACGGAUGAGAACAGCGAGUCUGAAAGUGACACAGAGGAGAAAUUACAAGCCCACAGCCAGCGGCUGGUGUCGGUCCAGUCCAUGCUGAGGCAGACGGGGCGGCACCGCGCUUUGGAGAGGGAUCUGAUGGAGUUGCAGGAGAGGAAACUCUUUGAGUAUUUCAUAGUUGUUGCGCUGCACAAAACCAAGGCUGGAGUCCCGUACCUGCCAGAAGUCACGCAGCAGUUCCCCCUCAAGCUUGAAAGAAGCUUUAAGUUCAUGCGGGAGGCUGAGGACCAGCUGAAGGUCAUCCCUCAGUUCUGUUUCCCUGAUGCCAAAGACUGGGCCCCCGUGGACACCUUCCCCAGCGAGACGUUCUCAUUCGUCCUGACCGGUGAGGAUGGGAGCAGGCGCUUUGGUUACUGUCGGCGAUUACUGCCCAGCGGUAAAGGCCGGAGGCUCCCCGAGGUUUACUGCAUCGUCAGUCGCCUGGGCUGCUUCGACCUCUUCUCCAAGAUCCUGGAUGAAGUGGAGAAGCGGAGGGCCAUCUCCCCUGCUCUGGUGCAGCCUUUCAUGAGAGGCAUAAUGGAAGCUCCCUUCCCUGCUCCGGGAAGGACCAUCACCGUCAAGAACUUCCUGCCCGGCUCUGGGACAGAGGUGAUCGAGUUGUGUCGGCCGUCGGACUCCCGUCUGGAACAUGUGGACUUUGAAUGUCUCUUCUCCUCCUUGAGUCUACGCCUCCUUCUCCGAGUGUUUGCCUCUCUGCUUCUGGAACGCAGGAUCAUCUUCACCGCCGACAAACUCAGCACGUUGUCUCAGUGUUGUCAUGCAGUGGUGGCCCUCCUCUACCCCUUCACCUGGCAGCACACGUACAUCCCCGUGCUGCCGCCCUCCAUGCUGGACAUCGUCUGCACCCCCACCCCCUUUAUAGUCGGCCUCCUCUCCAGCUCGCUGCCUCGACUCAAAGAGCUGCCCAUAGAAGAGGUCCUGGUGGUCGACCUCGGCAACAGCCGCUUCCUUAGACAGCUGGACGAUGAGGACUCCAUUCUCCCCCACAAGCUGCAGGCAGCUCUGGAGCAUGUGCUGGACAAGAGGAAGGAGCUGGCCAGCGAGAAGCCGGAGCUGCAAAAUGACUCCGGCUCCCUCAGCGCCGCGGUGUCAGAGGCCUUUGUGCGCUUCUUCGUGGAGAUGGUGGGUCACUAUUCCCUCUUCAUGGGCGGAGCGGACCGAGAGGACGACUCCAUCUCCUCCCCCACCUUGCCCGGCCCCUCUUCCUCCCCGUCGUCGUCCUUUCAGCGAGAAGCCUUCUGCAAAGCCGUCACGUCCAAGAGCUUGAAGAGGUUCCUGGAGGUGUUCAUGGAGACGCAGAUGUUCUCCAGCUUCAUCCAGGAGAGGGAGCUGCGCAGGCAGAGCCUCAGAGGUUUGUUCGAGGUGAGAGCACUAGAGUAUCUGGACUCGCUGCCGGGGAGCGAGCAACGAGGAGUUAACAAGUUCCUCAAGGGUCUCGGAAACAAGAUGAAAUUCCUCUCCAAGAAAUGACGUUUGGAGCCAGGAUGUCAUAUGUGAAAGCAGAAAAAGAGGCAUGUCGUAACAAAGAAGAAGAGGAAGAGGACACGCCCCCUGGGCCCGGAGAGGGUGGAGAUGAAGACGUGUCUCUGGGUCACAGCAAAGGCAGACCUCAGAAGUGAUCCGGGCUCAUGGAUGGUGAACAUCAGGGGUUUAGCUGCCAGCGUCUUUCUGCGGUGUUGGGAAGGCUUUUCUCAGCUUGGACCUGAAGUCCCCUCCAACCCGAUAAAGAGUAUCAGUGUCUCUCAGAUGACGCUGAAUCCCUGCAGUGUAUUACUGCACAGCAUUGCACAGUGUAAAUGUCUUUAGGAAAAGUGUUCUCCCUUUUUCAGACACUGACCUCACGUAUAUUACCUGUAAUUACGCUGAAGGUCCCAUUUUGUACAAUACAUUCCUAUACAUACAAGUAUUUUCUAUAGAAGCUUUAACAACUGUACAACUUCUUCAUCAACAGGAGGCUUUUAAGUUAAUUUAUAUUCUUUUUAGAUAAACCUAAUCUUUUUGUUCUCCUGUACUUUGUUACAGGCUUUAUUUAACAGAGUCUAGUCCAGACUGUUUGUACACCACUUGUUGUUGAGUAAAUGCGCCACUGUUUUAAGGGAAAGGAAUGAGCACCAAAAAAUAUCAACGUGAAUAUAUCUCUCACCUGGGUUUGAGUUUACGCUUUGGAUGGCCAACUUUUAAACUUGAUUGAGAAUGCAAUGAAACUUUUGAAAUAAAGAGGUUUAAACUUUUAAAA